AUGAACGGGCUCCCCCAGUCCCCGAAACGUGUCAAUUUUCAGCUCAUUCGAGGCAUUAACGCCAUCUCCGCCAAUACUUUAGCCAAGACCAAUGGCCGUGUCUUUGCCCACAUCUGUGCCAACCAAAAGGUCACCCGAGUCCAAACGCCAUCCGUGCGCUCAGCCAAGAAAUGGUGCUCGGUCGAUUUCGUUCCCACGCCGCUGCCAUCUGCCAAGACCAAACGCAACAGCAUCAAGACUGCUCGACUCCGCAAGUCCAUCACGCCUGGUACGAUCCUUAUCCUGCUAUCCGGACGCUUUCGCGGCAAGCGCGUCGUUUUUCUCAAGCAGCUUCCGUCGGGUACGCUCCUGGUCACGGGGCCUUACAAAGUGAACGGUGUCCCGCUGCGUCGCGUGAACCAGUCCUUUGUCAUUGCUACGUCGACACGGAUGGACCUAUCGGACAUUCAGUUACCAGAGAUUGAUGAUUCAUACUUUACCAAGGACAAGCUGGCCAAGAAGAACAGCAGGGAAGAGUGUUUCUUAGUGGCACAACAAUCGCGGAUACGUUGCGAGGUGAAAGGGCAUCGUGCGAUAUCACCGCCUGUGAUUGCAGAGCAGCGCAAGAAAGACCAAAUGGCAGUGGACGCUCUGCUGAUGCAGAAACUAGCAAACGAACCUUAUCUGCGCGCGUACCUGAACGCCAAGUUCACGCUGACUAAGAACGACCGUGUUCACGAUAUGCGCUUUUAA